AUGGCCCGCGCAGGUGCGGCGGCGCUGUGGCUGCUGUGGCUGGUGUCGCGGGCGGCGGCGCGGGCCGCCUGCCCCCCGGGGGACACGGGCUGCCGCCUCCUCUCCGUCUCCGACCUCUUCGACCGCGUGAUCCGGCACUCGGGCAGGAUCCACGCCGAGCUGGAAAAGCACUUCCCGCCCCGUGGGAACGAGCUGGGGCGGCCGGCGCGGAAGUGCCACACGUCGCGGAUGGCAACCCCCAAAGGCAAGGAGCUGGCCCAAAACCUGCCGAGAGAAGAACUAACACACUUGAUACUGAAACUUUUGCAAGCCUGGAAGGAACCACUCUCUCACUUUAACCAGCAUAUUGAGCACCAUCAAGAGUUAUCUGAUGACAGCCUUAGCAAAGCUAAGCAAAUCAGCAAUAUGGUACAUGAGCUGAAGACGGGAGUUGAGAAAGUAACAGAAAAGAUGCAGUCAAUGGGGAUCAUCAGCAAUUCAUUAAAUGGAAUGGCAUCGUCUGAAGCAGCUGGCUUAUCCAUUAGUAAUGAAGCAAACCUGAUGAGUGACUCUGACUUUAUUCAUUGUUUCAGGAGAGACUCCAAUAAAGUACAAAGCUACUUAAAAAUUCUUAAAUGUAGAAUUAUGCCAGAAAAUAGUUGUUGAGCUUUAAUCUCUUCUCAGGGAAUUUCAGGAGCAGAAUUACAUGUUUGUAAAAAAUGGGAAAGUAUAAUUUAUAAAAUAUGACAUUUAUAGUAAUUAUUAAUAGGAAAGUGGUUUUGAAAUGCUUUGGCAGCUACUUCACACUGUUAACCUCUAUGGUUGAGAUAUUAAAUAAAACAUACUGUGUGCAUGUGGAUAAAUAUACCAGAUAAAACAGAGCACUCUACCAGUAGGUAAAUCAGUCUCUUUGCAUAUUACACUCUGACAAAUUACAGUAUGGUGGGUUGAGACAGUUUAAGUAUGUACAUAGUUGAAAGUGAAAUUUAGUUUGUAAACCUUGGUAAAAUACAUCUAUAUACUAUAAAUAAAGUAUA